GCUCAAAGCGGUCGCCACCCGACCCACGGAUCCCAACCCCGACGAGAUGACAGACCUCGAGGAGUUGGAACAGUUCGCCAAGACUUUCAAACAGCGACGGAUCAAAUUAGUACCCAAAACUCAAUUAGCACUCAAAACCCUUUCUUUUAUCUCCCGUUCCCUGCGGACACACAUAGGCUUCACUCAGGGAGACGUAGGCCUAGCGAUGGGUAAACUAUACGGCAAUGACUUCAGUCAGACCACGAUAUCCCGCUUCGAGGCGUUGAACCUAUCGUUCAAAAACAUGUGUAAAUUGAAACCAUUGCUCCAGAGGUGGCUCGAGGACGCCGACGCCUCCCUCAACAACCCCACGGCGCUGUCCAGCAGUCACUCGACCCCGGAGUCCAUCAGCGGUCGGCGGCGUAAGAAACGCACGUCCAUUGAGACGACAGUCCGCGUAUCCCUUGAGCGGGCGUUCCUCCAGAACCCCAAACCCACGUCCGAAGAGAUCAGUCUCCUGUCGGACAACCUGAUGAUGGAGAAGGAGGUGGUGAGG